AUGAGCGAAUAUCGACAAGCAACAGCGCACGUGGCAGCGCUCGAGGAGCAUGUGGCACUGCUGCAACAGUCCGGCAACAUCGAACGCGCUACGCUCGACCAUAGUCUCAGCUCUGUUUUGGCUGCAAUCAAUGGGGACGUGGAUUCCAUGAUGGAAAAGUACCGGACCCGCUGCUGUAUGGUGGACCCCGUGACAAGGCAACCCCGACUCGGUCCCAAGAUGUUGGCUAGCGUUCAAGACCUGCUACGUCGCUACGACGCUGUGAAGUCGGGGAUGGAGGUGGACGCUCCGUUGCGCGUGCAGGUCGAGACAAGGCUUCGUCAGUUGAGAGAGGAAGAAUUGGCCCAGGAGGAGGAACAGUCUGCUCUGGCGAGACAACUGGAGGCUGCCCAACUAGCUGCACAGGUAGAGCAGGAACAGGAGCAGAACAGAAUACAGCAAGAAGCUCGGGAUCAAGAGGCAAGACAGCAGCAGGACGAACAGCUUCGGGUUGAAGCGCUAGCGGCUGCUGCGCAGAAAAAGCGAGAAGAGCGCGAGAGAGAACGUGCAGAAGCGGACCGGCUGCGAAAAGUACAGGAGGAGGAGCGCGAGCGCUUGAAUGCGUCCAUUUCACAUGGUAAAGUGGGGCUCGAGAAAUCGAUUGCGAUGCUGCGGGACAGUACGGGCAGUGAGGCGCUGUAUCGUCAGUCGCUUGCAAAGCUUUUCAGUGUGGUGAGCAACAUCUGCUCGUCACCAGAGAAUGCAGCGUUUCGCCGCAUUUACAAAGACAACGCCAACUUUCACGCUGACUUGGGGCAAUACGCUGGCGGGCAUCAGUGUCUGCUCGCAAUGGGAUUCAACGAACUUCAACAGGGAGACGAAACGCAGUCCCGGGCUGUUUUCGUGAUGGAGGAACCAGAUUUGUCCGAAGAUUUGGAUGCCUGGAGCAUAUGGUUUGACGAGCUCAGGGAAUUGCAACGACUAGUAGAGUCCAAGCUGCAAUAA